AUGAACCUCGGCAGCACCUGGUAUAAUCUCCAGUUCAACCGCAACCGUCUUCUACCCCAGGCCGCCGACACGCCCGUUACACCCAUGGCUCAACCACCAGAAACACCGCAGGGCGAACCCGCCAUCGUCAACAUCAAUCCUGCGGGGGGGAAGGACAAAAAAUCGAGCGAGCCACUCUUUGGCCCAAGCAUAGGCUCCGUCAGCGCAGGACCAGCAUGGACACUCUCUGGCGAGAAGAAGGUCGUGACCGAUGAGCUUACGCAGGACAUCAUUACCAGCUGGAUCGAGAAGAGCAAGGAGCCGUCCCACCCAACCACCACCUUGCAGGCCCUAGUCAAUCUCAAACGACCCACUCUCCGUCUUUCGCCGCUUUCUGCUGUGCAUGACGACAGCGGCGGGACUAACACUGUCGAUCAGCACCAUCACGGGCUGGAAUUUGAGUACGAUUGCGAUGCGCCCAAGUGUGGAAUUUAUGUCAACGUGCACCUCCCGAAAACGCACCCGGAUGCCCCAGCGGCAUCGUCCCACUCCUCGUCACUCUGCAAGCUACAGGUAUUCGAGACUGUCAUCGAGGGCGGGUUCGGAAAUCGGUUGACCCUUGACGAAGGAGCCUUGCUAGAGCUGGGCCGCUUCGAGAACUCUCAAGCCAACGCACAGCAAGCUGAGAGGUCCCAGACGAAUGCGGGGGAACCGUCAAGUGAGGCGCCGGCGCCUGGAAAUCUCCCUACCAGCCCUUCGACUUUAGACCUCUCCGCUACGGCCAAUAACAAUGCCAAUACAAAUGCUAACACGAGCAGUAGUAAUCACGCCCGCCGACGUUUCACGCAAUUUCACUUCCGCAGGCGUCACAACCGAAGCGUCGCUGGGCCCGCGUUGACGGUUGUUGACGCCGAACCGGCCGCCGCGAACGAAGGCAAGGCGAAAGACGGCAAGGAAGACAGCGAAGACGGCGUCAAGGUGACGAUCAGAUUGGCUGCGCUCGACGAGCAAGGAACCGAGCUUUCCUCGCCCAACGAGCAGAUCACAUAUCUGCAUAUCGUUAGGUUCGGGCAGAAGGUGGAGGGUGGAGAUGGGCCAGAAGAAGACACCAGACCGUGGGUUGUGAGGGUUGUGAAGCGGGAAGCAACGAUUGGCCCGCACACUUUCCACCUGCAUGAGAUCUUCGGUCUCACCUCGACCUCCUCGCAUGAGCACGCGCCUACCACGCCAAUACCCACGGCUGCGCACACCUACCCACCUGAUGAGAGCCAGGGCGUCGCGGGCAUUGGGGCAGCGGACGACGACGACGACCCGCAGUCCGAGUGCCUUCUCUGUCUGUCCUCGCCGCGCGAAGUCGUCCUCCUCCCGUGCCGCCACCUCGUCGCGUGCAAGGAGUGCGCACUGAACAUGGUCGAGUUCGGAGCGGGAGGGAAUAUCACGCAGAGCGAAGUGCCAGUCCCUGGCACGGCGACACCUGGCGGAGGUGGAGAGGACGGUGCGGCCAAUAAUGGCGCGACAACGCCUGCGACUCCCGCCCCGCCAACUACGAAUCCACGCCGGAAGCGCAAGGCGAAGGGCUGGUUCUGUCCUGUUUGCCGACAGCCCUACACAUCCAUGCUCCGUCUAACAACCUCCGCCCCGCCUCCAGCCGAGAGCAAGGAAGGCGACGGCUCGGGGUCGGAGGACGAGAGUCCCGCUAGCCCCGGCGGCAUCACGCCGUCCGGGACAGGCCAGACGAGCGAGGUCCGUGGUGGGUUGCUCGGUGCGGCCUUCCGCCCUGGUUUCUUCCGAGGCCUGAGCAUGUCGAGGAGCGCGAACUUGAGCUCGCAGCCGCCCGACGUAGAGAACCAGAACGUUGCGGUUAGAUCUUGA